UUGGUGAGCCUUUGGCUGCUGAUAAUCCUUUAAAUAAGGCAUUCUCUAGCUUGAUCAAUGGCUUGGACAUCUUUAAUUGGAUCCUUGGGUGUAUUGUUUUGAUUAGAUAUCAGAUUUUUUUCAAAAGUCAACCCGUUUCAGGACCAUUGACGGAGGAGAGAAUAAAUACAGAAAGCUUCUGUUAACUCCUUCGGCAAAAUCAGAAGCAUUUAUAUAUCAAUUGGAUACAGUUCAGCUGAAAGGUUUUUCCAGGCAGAUCAAGUGACUCAUUCAAGCACCAAACUUUACCGGGGAAGCAGUUUGGAAUAAUCUCAAAUAACCGGGCUUAGGCUGAAAAUAAAUCCUCGAGACUAAUUAUAAAGGUACAAACCAUCAAAGAAUAGUACAAAUGAGAGUUAUAUCAGAUCAACAAAUCAGCUCUUUACUAACUUCGUUGUCAAAAGAAGGUGUUUUGAAGUUCCAAGAUGUCCUGAAAAAAGCUUUGGAGAAGUACCAUAAAGAUCCAACAUUGGUUCCAGAAAGAAUCGUGAUCAAUAGGGAAGAUAAUGAUGCUGUUCAUAUAUUCAUGCCAUCAUUUGCUGAAAGAGUAGGAAUCAAGACAUUAGGUGGAUCAAAAGAAGGUUUCAAGGGUGCUGUAUCAAUUCUAGAUGAAACCAAUGGUGAUUUAUUAGGUGUCUUGAAUGCAACUACAUUAACAGCUUUCAGAACAGCUUUGGCAUCCACUAUCCCAUUAGUGAACUUCUUUGAUGGAAAAUUAAGAGAUCAAACCAUCACAGUGUAUGGUAAUGGUCCUCAAGCUUACUGGCAUGUUAGAUUAACCUUGAUAUUGUUCCCUGAAAGUUUCAAAAAGGUUCAAAUUGCAGUUCGUUCAAUAAAUGAGAAAUCUAAUUCCUUAAAAGAAUCAUUAUCCAAUGAAUUCAAAAACAUUGGGUUUGAAGUUUUGGGUCAAGGUUUUGCUGAUAUUUCAAAAUCUUCUGUUAUAUUUGGCUGUGUGCCAUCAACUGAACCUGCUAUAAAAUUUGAUAAUUUAAGCAAGGAUUCCAAAACUUUCAUAUCAUUGAUAGGAAGUUAUAAACCUCAUAUGGCUGAAGUUGAUAACGAAACAGUUCAACAAGCACUCAAGAAUGGAAAAAUUGUGGUGGAUUCAUAUGAGCAUACUUUGGCAGAAGCUGGUGAGCUAAUCCAGGCUGGUGUUACAACUUCAGAUGUUAAAGAAAUUGGAGAAUUAGAUACCGUUGAAAAUGAUCAAAUAACAGGUAAAGGGAAUUUGGUAUUAGUUAAAAUUGUCGGUUUGAGUAUUAUGGAUAUUUCGGUUGGUACUGAGAUCUUGAAGGAAUCUAUUGAAAAUAAUAUUGGUACUGAAGUGGAAUUUUGAUGGCCAACUAAAUGAACUGUGUAGUUCAAUACAAUCUAAAUGGUCAUGAUUGAUAUUGUAAGCUUCUUUAACAGGUUCUUGCAGAAUUAAAGACGUCCUUUGAUUGCUUUCACUAAAUCAUCAUGAAUAUCAGGACUACAAAUUUAUGUCUACGUCGGCAUUGAUUGCAUAUUGAAUACCUAUUAGUAUUAAAUUAUAAAUUAUAUAUUCUGAUAGUACCUAUAUAAAUGGCCUGAAUUAAUUAAUUUAUAACAC